AUGAUGCUGACGGAGCCUUCUUUCAUGUUUAGCUUCAGCUAUCCAAACGGUGAACCUCAGACCCCUACGAGGACUCCUCCGACCACAGUAUUCGGUGAUGGUGCCUUCCAGACUCCGAAACUCGAAUCGAGCUUUUACGACCCUCGAGUCACCUGGGACACUUCCGACCCCUAUGCCUCGAGCCCAGAGUUUCUCCGAACGCCGCAAAGAUUCGGCUUGAACACUCCCUCCAACCCCCUGAGACUGCCAGACACCGCACCCGAUCGAAAUGCUAUCACGGGCUCGGCCAAUUUGAGGAGUGCAAGGGCAUCGGACCAGACAGAUACUGCCAGACGCAUCCGUCCGUCGAAACCUUAUGGUGACCUGGGCGAGGAAGGUCUCCGGACUGUGGAUUCUGCAAAGUCCGCCGCCUCAAUGCAGACCCCGCCACCCAGCAGCGCUUCGAGGAGGAAGGUAACAGGGUUAGAUAAUGUCAAUGACACGGCGAGAAGGAUAUCAAGCCCGGGCGCGGGUGGACAUCUGGAGACACCAAGUCGGUUGAUGGGUGCUUCACCCCAACUGUUUGGCAAUCUCCCGUCGUCCCCGGACCUAUUCCAGCUGGCAUCGGCAGAUCCGACAGCUUCCCCUUUCUUUCCUCAGCAGAAAUUGUUUUGGGACCAAGACCCUGAGCAGCAUGGAAAUAAUCUUUCCAUGUCGGGUGGCAAUAUGAACUUGUUCGAUUCCAGUACGGCCGAUGUCUUCGGCACCCAUCACAACCCCAUGCCUGAUCCUCAUAUCCCACAAUUACCUUCAAUCGAAGGGACUUUGGAUCUGCCAGAGUUUAACAACAACGGGUUUGGCCUCAGCUCAGCCGGUCCAGCUGAUACGGCCUUGUUCCCUGCUCCAUUCUCAACCUCCCCUCGUAUUCCCGUUCCCAAGGCAGAGGACCCAGCCUUGUUUCUAAGCUCUCCCGCCCGACGAUUUGGGGGUAUUCAGCCAAGCCCUAAUAAGAGGCUAUUCUCUAGACCAACCAGACAACCCUAUCAUCAUCAAACAGAAGAGUCCAAACGAGAGGAAAUACGCAGAUCACAAUGUGUAAAUCAGCAUCUUCCGGCAUUUGAUGACGACGAUGAAGAUGACCUCACGCCUCGACGUUUACGGCCGGGUCUGACACGGAGUUUAACUCAAAGUGCCAUCGGGUCUUCACACCGUCCAUUACCCCUUCAGCCCUCCUCGGGAAUGAUGGCUUCUGCCACUGGGAUCAGAAAAAGCCCAUCCAAGGGUCGGUCCUCCCCUGUCAAAAGCCUACGCCCUUCGCUUUCCCGCGCCAACUCGGUUGCCACUGGCCUGCCCACCCGCUCUCAAUCGGUGGUCUUGAAGAUCGGCAAGGAUGGCAGAGCAAAGGCGGAAAUGCAAUCUGUCCCCGAGCCCUCGACCGGGUUGACGGAUCCAAUUAGCGCAGUUGAUCUUGAAGACUCUACUGCAGCGGACAGCGAGUAUGACUCUGCUGCAGAAUUCUCUGAAUACCCGACUAUCCCUAGUCGUCACCCGUCCAUGGUCUUUUCAGAAGCCGGCAGACCAAUGCUUGCUCGGAGUGACUCCGGUUCUCGGCCUGUUUCCAAAGGCUCUUACACAUCAAUUGCUUCGUCUCACUCGGGUCGGGCAUCUCCUUGGGCAGGUUCAUCUCGAUCCAGACGCCCACAGUACUCGACUACAGAAGACUGGCGAAGGACACCUACAAGGCAUUCGUCGAUGGUGGUCAAUUCUGACUUUAGCCACGGCAGCGCCAGGUCUGUUUCCGCUGCAGCUCUUCCUGACCCUGAAGAAGACACGGGUGAUGCCCAGCAUGCACUCCGUCAAGUCCUUCGCCAGAGGAGUCGAAGACAACCUCACACAAUCGGUUACGGGCCCCGGUUCAACCACCCCUCCCGCUCUCUUGCGCACCUCCGCUCGUCUCCUCCUCGGUUUGGUGCAGAACUCGACAUCAAGUCCAGAGAACCCAACACCUCCCCUACUACCAUGACUGAUCCCGAUCUGGCGACUCCUGCUACCGAACGAUAUAGCAACCCGAGCAAUGGGACAAGAUGCGUUUGCAACUCUAUGGACAAUGGAGGCCACCUGAUGAUUCAAUGUGAAUCAUGCAACCAUUGGCUACACACCAAAUGUGUCGGACUAGAGCGGUCACACCUGCCAUCCUUCUACAUUUGUAUGUUCUGUGCGCAAACGCCUACAAGAAGACAGCGAGCUCGGCCCAUGGGGGGUGCCAGCCAUGCACCAACCUCGCCCUUGGCACAUAAGUCCUACCGAUUCCGAUGA